AUGGGCAAUAUGGCAGGGAAAGAGUUGGAGCGGUGCCAGCGGCAGGCGGACGAGGUGACGGAAAUCAUGCUCAACAACUUUGACAAGGUCCUGGAGCGUGAUGGGAAACUGUCGGAGCUGGAGCAGCGUUCAGACCAACUCCUGGACAUGAGCUCAGCUUUCAGCAAGACAACCAAGACCCUGGCCCAGAAGAAGCGCUGGGAAAACAUCCGUUGGCGUAUCUACUUGGGGCUGGCAGUGGGCGGUGGCCUGCUCAUCAUCCUGAUUGUGUUGCUGGUCAUUUUUGUCCCACAAAGAAGCCAGGCCAGCAGUGUCAGCAGUGUCCCACAGGCCCUGGACACAGGUGCUGCCUCAGGGCCAGGGGACUGACCCAAUUGGGCCUGGAGGAGAGGCCGAAUGGCCGCACUGGCUGGUUCUGGUCUCCAAAGAACCUUGGUAUUUGCCCCCAUCUGAGCCACCCCAGUGAGCGCCUAAGGGCAGCCCCAAAGUGUGCAGCUUUGCAUCUCCUAUCACGCCACAGAUUGGCCCUUGAGGGCAGCCUGCUGCACUGGCCAUGCCAGGCCAGCCCCACUUGGAGCUCAGUAAACGCUGCUGCUUGGUUAAAAGCUGCUGUUUGGUUAACA